GAUGUAAAAAUGUCCGGCAACUGGAUGUGGGCUGCAAAAUGCGAGGGAGAAGGUGCUCGUCUCGUAGGAGCUUGUGAUGCUUUGUGCAAGGCUCUUGCGGAAGUCGGCUGCGCCAUUGAUGGAGGGAAGGAUUCGUUGAGUAUGGCUGCGAAAGUGGGAGAUGAACUUGUAAAGGCUCCCGGUACACUGGUAUUGUCAGCAUAUGCUCCUUGUCCUAACGUCAAUUUGGUCAUCACCUCAAAUUUCAAAGGGCCACGAGUGCAUGAUGUAUCAGAUGGCGGAUUCAUCGUAGCCCUCCUCGAGAUGGCUUUUGCCGGAAAUACUAGCAUCCGAGCUGAUAUCAAAUGUGAUACAGGUUCUUUGCACAAAAUGAGAUAA